GACUGAUCUCCCUUUAUUUAACUAAAUACACUAAAUAGUAACUUGCUACUGUUUUAAUUUUAAAUUUAACAAAACUAAACCAGAGAGGGAAUUUCGAUCUAGAUCUAGAUUUUCUAGAUCUAGAUCUAGAAUCUACCACUCUAUUUUGGGCUCUAUAUAAUUUUUGGGAGAUGUCAGAAAAAAAAGAUGACCUAGGGAAUGAGUUUGUCGGCUGUUACUGUGGUGAGAAACGUAAACUUGGCACACCAGAGUUCCAGUGUACAUCAUGUGGUACAUGGUUUCACAGCUCCUGUGUAAACAUACAAACAGGGAAGUGUCUUCCUUUUAUGAUUAGCUAUCAUUUUCUUUGUAAAAAGUGCAGUGGUAUUGGACAUGAAACAUUUCAGAAAAGACAAGCAACUUUCAUUCAGAUCUGCCAGAUGACAUUGGCCAAUUUAUUGCACAAUGCCAGGUCAGAUGGGAGCUCAAAAACCAUGUUCUCAAAAGACAGGGACAUCAUACCUUACAUAGAGAAAAACUGGGAGAAUCUCACAACAAUGCAGCGGCGUGUUAAGAUCACAUGGCACAACACUAUUUAUAAGACAAUGACCAAAGAGUCUGAUGUUUUUACUCACAAGGAAGAAAUACCAGGCGAUGCUUACUUUGGUCUUUGCAAUCAGGACUUGUCAAAAGUUGGCCCUGUAUCUGAUGCUGCCAGAGUGAACUCACAGCCUUCAUCCAGCCUGAAGGCCCCUGCAAUGCCACUGGAAACAGGACCAGGUAAAAGGACUAGCAAAAGGAAAGCUCCUGUUGAAGGACAACAGGCAACAGCUUUUAAACAAAAGAAAAGUAAAUCUCGCAGUGACUUGACAACAUCACUGAAGCUCCCAUCCCAUGGCUACCCACUUGAACACCCCUUUAACAAGGACGGAUACCGCUACAUCUUAGCCGAGACAGAUCCUCACGCUCCUAAUCGGCAAGCCUUUGAUGAGAGCAUUGAAUGGGCAGGAAAACCAAUUCCAGGAUAUUUGUAUAGAUGCAUGCUGGGAAGUGAAGUGCUGCUGGCAUUACAUGACAGAGCCCCUCAGCUAAAGGUUUCUGAUGAUCGCCUCACUGUGACUGGGGAAAAGGGCUACAGUAUGAUACGAGCAUCUCAUGGUGUUAAUCAUGGCAACUGGUAUUUCGAGGUCCAGGUGGUUGAUAUGCAAAAUGAAGCUGCUUCUAGAAUAGGAUGGUCCUUGUCACUAGGAAACCUCCAAGCACCAUGUGGCUAUGACAAGUUCAGCUACUCCUGGAGGUCAAGGAAAGGAACUGUGUUCCACCAGUCUCGUGGCUACCACUACCAUGAUGGGGGCUAUGGAGAGGGAGAUGUGCUUGGCUUCUACCUUAGUCUUCCUAAUCCUGAGAAUCUAGAGCUUCUCUUGCCGCAGACCUUUAAAGAACGGCCACUGGUAAAGUUCAAAAGCCACCUUUACUUUGAGGACAAGGAUAAUGUCAGUGAGACAGAGAAGACCUUGAAACCAGCCAAAGGCAGCAAGAUGAUGAUGUACAAAAACGGAAAAUGUGCCGGGGUAGCUUUCUCAGAUGUGUUUGAGGGAACAUAUUAUCCAGCCGUCUCUCUCUUCAGGAACACUGUGGUCACAGUCAACUUUGGUCCAAAAUUUAAAUACCCUCCAAAAGGCAUGGACUAUACACCAAUGUCUGAAGCUGCUGAACAAGCUCAUGUGGAAUAUGCUCUGGCUGACAUCAUAUAUCAUGUAGAAAAUGAGAAUGACUUGCCAGAUUUCAAGUCUGCUAAUGGAUGAUACUGUUCAUGUAAAAUGAAAAAUUCAACACUUGAUUAAUUUUAUUUUUUUUUACUCUCAUCAUCAAUACAUUUGUAAUCAUUGUAAA